CCCUUCUGUUUCCGGUGCCGUCACGGGACAGAGCAGUCGGUGACAGCCCCGAGGGCCCCCGCCCCGCGCCCAUGGCCGAGCCGGACCCCUCUGACCCUCUGGAGACCCAGGCAGGGAAGGUGCAGGAGGCUCAGGACUCAGAUUCAGACACUGAGGGAGGAGCGGCUGGCGGAGAAGCAGAGAUGGACUUCCUGCGGAAUUUCUUCUCCCAGACCCUGGGCCUGGGCACCCAGAAGGAGCGUCUGUUGGACGAGCUGACCCUGGAAGGGGUGACGCGCUACAUGCAGAGCGAGCGCUGUCGAAGGGUCAUCUGUUUGGUGGGAGCUGGGAUCUCCACAUCCGCGGGCAUCCCUGACUUCCGCUCCCCAUCCACCGGCCUCUAUGCCAACCUGGAGAAAUACCAUCUUCCCUACCCGGAAGCCAUCUUUGAGAUUGGCUACUUCAAGAAACAUCCAGAACCCUUCUUUGCUCUUGCCAAGGAACUCUAUCCUGGGCAGUUCAAGCCGACCGUCUGCCACUACUUCAUCCGCCUGCUGAAGGAGAAAGGGCUGCUUCUGCGCUGCUACACGCAGAACAUCGACACCCUGGAGCGAGUGGCAGGGCUGGAGCCAGAGGACCUGGUGGAGGCCCACGGCACCUUCUAUACGUCCCACUGCACCAGCGCCCUCUGCCGACGGGAGUACACGCUAAGCUGGAUGAAAGAGAAGAUCUUCUCGGAGGUGACUCCCAAGUGUGAGAAAUGUCACAGCGUGGUGAAGCCUGACAUCGUGUUCUUCGGUGAGAGCCUCCCAGCCAGGUUCUUCUCCUGCAUGCAGUCAGACUUCCUGAAGGUGGACCUCCUCAUCAUCAUGGGCACCUCCCUGCAGGUGCAGCCCUUUGCGUCCCUCAUCAGCAAGGCACCCCUGUCCACCCCGCGCCUGCUCAUCAACAAGGAGAAGACCGGGCAAACUGACCCUUUCCUGGGGAUGAUGAUGGGCCUCGGAGGAGGCAUGGACUUCGACUCCAAGAAGGCCUACAGGGAUGUGGCCUGGCUGGGUGACUGUGACCAGGGCUGCCUGGCCCUUGCUGACCUCCUCGGAUGGAAGAAGGAGCUGGAGGACCUUGUCCGGAAGGAGCAUGCCAGCAUAGACGCCCAGCAGGCGGGCUCGGGGAGCCCUAACCCCAACCCUUCAACUUCGCCCAGGAAGUCCCCACCUCCUGCCAAGGAGGAGGCCAGAACCGCGGAAGGAGAGAAACCCCAGUGACAGCUGUGUCCCCUGGGCGGGACGCCCUGCACUGUUGGGCCGGCAGAGCCCCAGCAGCCCUGGGCCCCUCUAACGUGCUCGCAUGUGGGGAGCUCAGAACCUUGACUCUUAACCACUCCCUUUCAAAACCGGGUUCCCAGCCCCCUGACCCUGGCCAGUCUCUAACAGCUCCCAGGGGCCGAGGCCUGGGCACCCCAGCAGUAACAGCCUGCGGUCUCUAACCACCCGCAGGGCCGAGGGUCACCCUCCCCUAAUCUCUAACUGGUCCCUGGACCAGGGCCACCUCUAAACUUCUAACUAUUCCGGACCUGGGACCCAGGGCUCCCAGGGCUCCCCAUGCCCUCCACUGCUCGUGGGAGCCUGUGGCCAAAGAGGCCGAGUCCAACCUACCCCAGGUGGGGUGCGGGCCCCCCAAACAUCACUCCCUGUCUGCAGGGAGCUGAGCCCGAAGGCCUCGCAAGUCUGUACCUCCGACUCCCAAACUGGGUGUGGGCACCGGUCCCCUUCCCUUGGAAGUGGGGCAGACAAGUUUGCUCAUUGGAGACAAAUUAAAAACAAAACAACUAAC